GAGCAACACGCUAAUGCUAGUUGCGCCACAUGACCACAACGGAUGACUGCGCUCGAUAAAUGAGGAAUCAAUGGUUGCUCAAUGCUUUUUUUCAUGGCUAUAGUGAUUUCUAGAUAGGAUACGUACAUUCCAAAAACUAUCCAGACGAUUCUUCAUUUUUAAUGGACACAGAAUUACUUGCUUGUAAGGAGUAUAUUUGAAGCUUCUGUCGCUCACAUGAGUUUCAAGGAGACAGCCGAGAUGGGCGAUAUCUUGGCAACAGAAGCAGAUCUUCUUGGGAUGAUCAAAGAGUAUCUUAAAUUUGAGGGUUUUGAAGAGACUAUUGAUAGCUUUGACAUGGAGUGUCAAUGUAAAGGCAAACUCGUCUCUAAGCCUCAAGGUAGCUCACUGAGAGACUCAAAGAACCAUGCCAUCCAGAGAGACCUCCUUACCUCUUUUGAUGAUGGAGACCAUAAGGUGUUCUUUGAACUGUGGACAAACCAUAUUGAGGUGAAAGAUACAGAUGCUGCUGCUCAAAGUUUGGAGUUUUACCUUUACAUUCACUUCACUAUCUACCCACUGAGGAAACAUCUUAGUCACGAGCAAGGUGACCUUGAGGAAAGGGUAUCCCUAUUUAAACAGUUCCUUGAGACACAAGGAGCAGCACUGAGUCAAACUACAGAAUUCCUGCCCUACUACGCACUGCCAUUUGUUCCUAAUCCUAUGGCACACCCUUCAUUUAAAAAUCUUUUUCAGGAUUCCUGGAUACCAAAGUUGAAGAAAAAGCUCGAGCAAUUUCUGUCAUUUACAUUGAAGUCACCAAACAGCCCUAGACUUCUAAGUUUAUAUAGAGAGGGUGGCAGAAGUACCAAAGAAGCCAUGCAGCAGCUGCAGAUCCAGUUGUCUGAGUCAAACCGGCGCAUUGCGACUUACAUAAAGAAGUGUAAUAAAAUUCAGGUCGAUUACUACAACCUGAUUGGAAUAACCGCUGACCUGAUCGACUUAUUGGAGGCAUCUGUCAGUGGAAAAAUGAUCUCCCCUGAGUACCUGCAGAGGGUCUGUGUUUGUCUGUUCAACCGCCAGAUGAGACAGAGCGCAGUUCAGAGCACAGACUUCACCAGGCCUGGCACUGGAUAUUACUCUAUGAGUCCUUAUGAUGAUGGCUAUGCCUCCUCAAUCCUCAGAGCGUCAAUUGCACCUCAAAGACCCAAGGAGGUGCCAAUGCUGCCAUCAUUGGACUAUGACAAGCUGAAGAAAGAUCUGAUGGAGGGGACAGACAGGCUCAGAGCUCUACUGCUGCAAGCACUGCGCUGGAGACUCACACGGUCACUUCCUGGUGAGCAGAGAGAUACGGUGCUUCAAGCUUACAUCACCAAUGAUCUGCUUGACCGCUUCAGCAAUAAUCAGGAAACUGUGCUUCAUUUAAUGUGGUCAAGAAAUGAUAUUGUCCGUCAGUUCAUGGCUCGCCUGAUCAAUGCCUUCGCUUCUCUUGCAGAGGGCCGAGUUUAUCUCUCUCAAUUCCCCAUUCUUCUGCAAAUGAUGACAGAGGCUCUCAAGAAGGAGGAAAAAGACUCGCAGACCAGAGAAUAUGUUCUAAUUGCGCUGCAGAAACUCAGUCUUAGGAGGAGUCAGCAGACUGCCAUGAUAGAGAAGGAUCUGAUUUGCUGGCUUGUGGAUGAAUUGCAGGACUAUGACUGUCUCAGUGACUGCACUUUGGAGUACUCCAUGGCUCUGCUUAUGAACCUCUGUCUGAGAACAAAGGGAAAAAGAAAGUGUGCUGAAAAGGCCAAACAAGUGCUUAAAGUUCUGACUGACCUACUGGGGCACGAGAACCAUGAGAUUCGACCAUAUGUCAAUGGAGCCUUGUAUAGUAUCCUAUCUUUACCCUCUGUGAGACAGGAAGCCAAAGAGAUGAGCGUUGAGGAGAUUCUUUAUUGUUACUCGAAAGAGGAUGAUCCAAACCUGAACAGACAGAUUGAGUAUGUCAUCAAGCAACUCAACUCAACUGAAGACGAAGGAUCGGAGUCAGAGGAUGAGGAAGAAGAGGAUGACAAUGAUGAGGAUCUGAUGGAGACAGACUUGGAAGAGGAAGUUGUCCAGCCACAGUCAGGAGAACUGUCUGGGGAGAGUCUGCUCACUACAGAGUACCUGGGAAUUCUGACCAAUAUGGCAAAAGCAAAAAAGAGAUGUCCAAAUCCACAAUCCGAAGGCAACGAACCCCUACAGCGCCCAGUCACUCCAAAACAGAGGAAUUCAAGCCUAGGGAAUUCCAGAGCAGGCAGCCCUGGGGAUGAUGGCCAGGACAGCCUCCCUCCAUCUCGCUUCAAUUCUCGGCCUCCCACUCGCACUGGCAGCCGCCCCAUGACCACUGAGUCCUUACAUCAGAGCACCGAUACUGAAAGUGUAAGGUUUUCCCAUGAUAUAGAUUCGGAUGCUCUGUUUGAAAGUCAUGCCAGAAAAGGACUGGAGGAGCAAAAUGGAGACAGGGAUUAUAUUCCAGCAUUUGUUAGUCAGCCAAAGAUUCCACGCACACCUGAUGGCCCGUCACCACAGAGGGGAUCCAGUCACAGCCGUGGCCUGGCCCCUUCUUUCUCCCAUUGUGAACCACAGCGGAGUAGGCCCAACUCGGGCGCCUCUAAUGAAGACAAGUCUCAGAUGAGCCCAAGCGGUCAGUCCAAAAGGAGGUGAGGAGGGACCUGUCACCAUGGAGCUCCACUAUCUCCCCCACAGCAUGGGACUUCCUGUAACCUCAUCCCUGGUCAGUGGUGAUCAGGGUCCAGGCGCAGAGACGGUCGAAGAUCAGCCUCACAAACAGAGAGGUAAAGGGGGAGGGGCCAGAACAAUGCAAAGGAUUGUGAGGGGGUUGUGUUUUUUCACCCCUUCUGCAGUAGACCUGUUCUGUAACUUUAUAGUGGGUCAGACAAUAAUCACAGUCUGGAGCUGUCCCUCCCCCUGCACUCUGUGUAUUCAUUCACCUCUGCCCCUCCAUUCACAGAGCUAUUUCCUGACUAAUCUUCCGCUUUGCUAAUUAUUACCUUCAUUUUCUGAGCUAAAGCUUUUAAGUGUCAACAUAUUAUGUUGUGCAAAUUGUGGUGCCCAUCUUAAACUUUAAUGUAUGUAUCAAUAAGCAUGCCAAGGACGGAUGUCUUGAUAACAGAAUCUAUUUUGGGGAAAAAGGGAUUUCCGCAGUUUUGUUUUUUCUCUUGAAUAUUCUUGUACAUAGAGACAUAUUCUCCAUUGUAGCAGAUUUUUAUGGUGACUGAUUAAGACUUAAGUUAUUUUUAACUUAUGCAGUAGGAAUGUUUACAAAUGACACAGGUCUGCACUGACUCAUGAAUUUUAGGAAUCAUAUGCUGCUUAUUAAUGUGUCUACCAAUAUGUAUGAGAGACUUGAAUAGUAGUUAUUGUUGACAUUAAUGUUUGCACGCGUUGAGGUGUAUAGUUUAAUUUUUGUUGUUGUUGUUUUUUUUACAAAAAUCCUGUCAUUUACCAUAAUUCAUUUUGGUUGUAAAUAAAAUUAUGCCACAUUUUAUUUUAUUUCAAAUAAAUUCAAUUCUUAAUGUCUUCUAUAGAUUCAUACAUUUUGUAUAAAAUGCACUAAAUCACUUGGUUUCUUAAUAAACUGGUGUCAUGAGCCCAAACUAGAGCAGUACAAGAUGUCUUGCUACAAGCAGGGUAAGGGGAUAAAAAUUAACCCCUCUGGCAAUUCAGCAAUAAUUCCACACAUUUUACACAUGUUAUGACAUGUGUGUAUUGAGUAUAAUAUGUUACUAUAUGUUACACCUGAGAUGAAGUCAACCUACAGAGGUUUAUCUUGAGAUAACUUAGCCUUGUUCAAAUAUAUCAGUUGUUCAAAUACUUCAGACUGUUCAAAUAAGACAGAUUGUUCAAAUUGUCCACUUGUAUGAAUAACAAAUGU